CCGUUCGCCGUUUGCCGUUCUCCGUGUUCGCCGUUUGCCUUGGUCUCUCCGUUUCCGCCUUGCGAGUCUCCGUCUCCACCUUGCGAGCCUCUGCUCGUCGUGUUCGCUUGCUCUCUCUGUUCGUUUGCUCUCUUUGUUCGCCGUGUCCGCCGUUCGGUCUCCCUGACUCAACCGUGUUCGCUUCACGUUUGGUCUUCCUCGCCCGUGCUUCUCACUCUCCACCGUUCGGUCUCUCCAACUCUCAACCUCUCUCAGGUUCCAUUUCGAUCUCUCUUAUCUCCUCUCAGGUUUGUGAUUGUAGGUGGAGGCAAUGCUGCAGGUUACGCUGCUAACACUUUCGUCGAACAUGGAAUGGCUGAUGGUAGGCUCUGCAUUGUGACCAAAGAGGCUUAUGCACCUUAUGAGAGACCAGCUUUGACGAAAGGCUUACUUGUUUCCCCCGGAAAAGAAGUCUGCUCGUUUACCAAGUGGCUGUUGAUCAGGAGGAAGGAACUCGAGGGGUCCUUUCUCACACACUUCAUAAAUCGAAGAAAACUGCCACCUGUAAGAAGGAAGCUAUUGUAAUUUUAAUCUCUUAACUUGGGAGGUUGGCUUCUCAAUGGCGAGAUAUAAAAUGCAGGGAGUCGGCGAAGAAAGUGCAAAGGAGAAGAAGCGAAAAGCAGAACUUGAAGAUAGCGGCAGUGACGGUUGUCUGAGCGUUAAGAAGACGAAGAAGAGGAAAAAGAAAACACACAAGGUUGAGAUUGGCGAUGAAGUUUGUGGGAUGGAUGAAACUGCUACUGGUGAUGAAGGUUUGGUGGAAGCGGAUGUUGAGAAUAAACCAGGGCGACUGGAUGGAACAUGUAUUGAAAAAGACGUGAAGUCAACAGAGGACAGCAGCAAGAAGAAGAAAAGGGGCAAGAAUAAAACCAGAGAGGAUAGUAGCAUGAGAAAGAAGAAGAAGAAGAAAGACAAGAAGAAAGUAAGUGAUAUCGAGGCAAGUGAGAGCUCCAAGAAAGACAAGACAAGUGAAGCAGAUCAAAGGGAUGACACGCCUGUGGAAAGCACUGAUGGUUGUAGUGGUGUUACCAGCAGGAAGAAGAGAGAGAAAAAGCGGAAUAGCGAUUUGGGAGCUGACCAAAGCUUAGAGAAUUCCGACAAGGAGAGGAAAAAGAAACGCAAGAGGAAACAUAAUGACGAGUCAGGGGCUGAAAAUAACACCUUGGAAACUGAGAGGAGCGCAAAGAAGAAAAAGAAGAAAAAGCAGGAGCAAACUAAGAACGCAGAGCCUGAAACUCCGUCAUCAAGUAAAAGCGCCAAAAGGGUGACAUUUUCUGAUCAAGUGGAUAUGUUUCCAUUAUCUGACGGCGGAGUGUCUGAGGAUGAAUUCAAAGAAGAUGAAGGAAAUGUUGAGUUGAUGAUGGGCAAACGGUUCUCAAAAGAAGAAGACGAGUUGGUUAAGGCAGCUGUUCAAGAAUACAUAGAUAACCAUGGGUUAGCAGAAGAAGGUUUAAACAUGGUUAUGAAAUGCAAGUCAAUCCCAAAAGUUAAAAACUGUUGGAAAGAAAUAGCAGCUGCAUUACCUUGGAGGACACGGUCAAGCGUAUAUUACCGAGCUCAUAUCCUGUUUGAAGGAGAUCCCAAGAGAUCAUGGACUCCGGAACAGUUGGAACUCGUCAAAAACUUUGCGGAGAAACAUGGGUCGGACUGGAAAACGCUCGCUGAAGUAAUGGGAAAACACAGGUGGCACGUGAAAGACGCAUGGAGGAGAAUCAAAUUCCCGAACAUGAACAAAAUCCGAUGGUCUCGAGAGGAAUACCAAACCCUGUUUGAUCUGGUGAACAUCGAUCUGAGAACAAAAGCACUGCAGGAGAAGAAAUCAAAACAUGGGAUGCUUCGGGACAAUAUCCCAUGGACAGCGAUAAGCGAGCAGCUUGGAACAAGGUACCAUUCGAGUUGCUGUCGUAAAUGGUACAACCAACUUACAUCUCCGAUGGUUGCAGAGGGAAUAUGGGAUAAUUCGGAUGAUUACCGUCUCUUGGACGAGCUCACGGAACUUGACGCUGCUUGUAUGGAAGACGUUGAUUGGGAUGACCUCUUGGAGAACCGAUCAGGCGAGCUAUGCAGAAAGAGAUGGGACCAAAUGGUUCGACACAUCGGUGUGCCUGGGACCAAAUCAUUUUCCGACCAAGUUGAGAUUUUGGUUGGUUGAGGAUAGAGAAGCGUUCGAUAACAGGCUGUAUGAUGAUGGCAAAGAUGGUGAUAAAGGUUGUUGAUUUCAAGUUAAAAGAAGCAUAAAUCUUGUAAAAGAGUAAAUCCCGAGAGAUUGAUUUAUUGACACUAUUAAGUUGAUGAACCCACCACUGGUAAGGGAUCUCUCAACAUAUUUUAGAUCUACCGUUCCGAUUAUUAGUCACAACAUUGUGUGUGUGUGUAUAUAUAUAUAUCACAGGACAUUGAUUUCUGUUGGAAUAGAAGGAGAUAUUCUUGCAAUA